AUGAGCAGCUUCCAAUCUCCAACCAAGGGACUCUCCUUUGAAGAGCUCCCCAGCUCACUUCGCGAGUCUUCCUUGAUCGGCGCCGAAGUCCACCUGCCAUCAUCAAUGAAGGUCCUGGACACGGACGCCUUGUCAGAAGAAGAUAUUGCCACAUUCAGAAGAGCCCUGUUCGAGAACCAGGUCGUCGUCAUAAAGAACCAGAAGGGUAUCGCGCCCGAGACCCUGCCCAAGCUGACCAAGAUCUUUGACCCGACUGCGACGGACGUCCACUCGGCCGGUGAAAAGGCCGUCAGCGAUCCUAGGAAUAUUCUCUCGGCGUACAAGGCGGGAAGAAUUCCUAGAGCGCCGCAGGUUGGUAUCAUUGGGAGUGGAAAGUUUAAGAAUUACGAGGGGGUUGAAGACUUGGAGGUUAUUCAUCUGGAUCACACCUUAUUCCACGAGAAGCCGCUAUCCGAGCAGGAGCUGAGCGAUGGGUACACACGUCCGUACCGGUGGCACAUGGAUACUCCCUUCUACCAGCGCCUGCCUGGCCAAGUCACGAUUCUCCACGCCGUCAAGGUACCGAACCUGCCUGAUCAGAAGCUCAAGUUCCCGGACGGCAAAGAAAAGAGCAUCGCUGCUGGUUCAACCGCCUUUUUCUCUGGUGCGCGGGCCUUCCAGUUGCUUACUCCGGCGGAGCAAGAGUUUGCUCUGAACACGACUGUGACGUAUGCACCUCAAGCGUACGAGUACAUCAGACAGUGCAAGGCGACGGAAGACGGCCUGUCAAUCCCCACGGUGGGAAAAGAGGUGCCCAUCGAGCAGCUCUCCGAGUGGUCUUGGGAGAACGUCGCUGAACAUCCUAUGGUGUGGCGCAACCCCCUCAACCCAGACCGGCCCUUCCUUCAGGUCCACGGCUGCUGCGUAUUCAAAUUGACGACACGGGAUCCGGCGACGGGUCAAGUCACCGUCGUAGACGACGUGGCCAAGGUUCGGGAGAUUGUCUACGGCUUCCAGAAGAGAAUCUGGGCGGCGGAGAACAUUUACGCGCACCGGUGGGAGGAGGGCGACGUUGUGAUUUUCCACAACCGCGGAGUCAUGCACAGUAUCACGGGACAACUGUCUCAGUACAAGGAGGAUGAGGAGAAGAAGAGGCUGAUGUGGCAGUGCACCAUGACCAGCGGCACGGCGCCGCAGCCGUUUAGGGAGCAGCCUGGGGUUGUUGAGACUGGGUUUGCCAAGGCGGCGUGA